AUGAGCACUUCAGACGCCACGUUCGCCGACGACGACACACCACCACCACCUUAUCACGACGGUGGUCCCGUCCAGCGACUGCCCUCGUACCGACAGGGGCUUCUGGCGCGUUACCACCCAUAUGGACGAUGCACACCAUCUCUCCUCCAACGGCUACUGCUCACUCCCCAUGCCUACGAAGACUACGAGCCCGCAGAAUACGACGUCGUUGUUGGGAUAUACCCUGGAGUUGAAGAUGAUGCCGCGGCAGGCUCCGCGGUCGUCGUUGGCGAACAUACGAACACGCCUUCUCCGUCUUCGUCUACUAGUGCUCAACAUGUAUCACACGAUGUCACUAGCACGUCUCACAACGCGCUGAGCUCCUCGGCACACGUCGACCGGCCUGUAGCGUCUGCGUCGCGCUCACUCAAGCGCAAGCGCGAUGACAGGCGACGACUUUGA